ACUCUAUCAUCUAUUUCUUCAUUUGCAGUGUUGCUCUUCUUUGAAAUCAUGAACAUUUGGAACACCACCACAGAUUUCGUUCUCCUAGGACUCUUUAACCACGCAGGAGCCCACCUGUUUCUUUUUGUGAUGAUUCUGACAAUCGCCUUCACCUCUCUAGUAGGCAAUGCCCUCAUGCUCUUCCUGAUUCACCAGGAUUUCCUGCUCCACACGCCCAUGUACUUCCUCCUGAGCCAACUCUCCCUUAUGGACAUGAUGCUGGUCUCCACCAUUGUGCCCAAAAUGGCUGCUGACUACUUGACUGGCCAGAAGUCCAUCUCCCCUGCUGGCUGUGGGUUGCAGAUCUUCUUCAUCACAUUGGGAGGAGCUGAGUGCUUCCUUUUAGCGUCCAUGUCCUAUGACCGCUAUGUGGCUGUUUGCCACCCACUGAGAUACCCCAUUCUCAUGAGCUGGCAAUUACGCCUGAGAAUGACUGUGGGGUAUUGGUUCCUGGGGGCAGCUGAUGGGCUCAUGCAGGCUGCUGCUACCCUGAGUUUUCCAUUCUGUGAUGCACAUGAGAUAAAUCAUUUCUUCUGUGAAGACCCUACUCUAAUGCAUUUGGCUUGUGCUGACACAGUUAUUUUUGAGUAUUUGAUGUACAUCUGCUGUGUAUUAAUGCUUCUGGUCCCGUUUUCUCUUAUCCUGAUUUCCUAUAGUUUCAUCCUUGCUUCAGUUCUCGAGAAUCAUUCUAGAGAAGUCCACAAGAAGGCUUUUGCUACCUGUUCCUCACAUCUCUGUGUAAUGGGACUGUUUUAUGGAGCUGCUAUUUUUAUCUACAUGAGACCUAAAUCCUACAGGUCAGCUAACUACGAUAAAAUAGUGUCAGUGUUCUAUACUAUAUUUACUCCUUUGUUAAACCCUAUCAUAUACUGUAUGAGGAACAGUGAUGUCAAGGGAGCCCUGAGAAAGUGUAUGGAUCAGUGUGCUGCCUUAAGUCAUCACUAA